AGAAAAAAAUUACUAAAGGCGGUAAACGUCCAUGCGGUCUUUUAUAAAUCUUUCAAAAGGUAGGCAGACACCGCCAACGUCAACCAGCGCAUCCCGAGUCUCCCCUUCGAUCCUCAAAAGUCACAUAAGUCGGCCAAUCCACAACGACAGUUUUAAAAACACACCUACAGAGCUUAAUUGCAGUAUUUCUCAAAGAUAAUAACCAUAAUAAGACAAUCGACCCCAAGCCCAAAAUGCCAGUAAUAGAACUAGCCUUCCUCCCCCUCUCCACCGCUUCUCCAUCCCCCUCAUUUCGCGCCCUGGCAGAAGAAUGCAUACAAGUCCAGGACGUCUGGUGCGCGUCCCAUCUGCCCUCGGUACCAAACGGUCUUGAGCCCCGGGGCGUAGGCAUGUUCCAACAAAUCGCCAACUCCGCAGCCAACGACUCCAACGCAGCGGGAACGAAGGCAACAACAAUGCUGCUAACCGCCCAUUGGGCGUCCGUCUCCGAGCACGAAUCCUGGAUAGCAAGCGAAGAGAACCAGACGUAUUUUCCUCAACUCCGGGAAUAUGUUGUGUUGGACCGGGUGCGGUAUUUCCACGUUGAGGGGGUGGAGAUGUUUUCUUCCGAUCACUCAACGCUAUCUUUUUCCUCAUUCCCAGAAAACGGCGGAAGGUUGGUGCCAGUUCUCAACAGUCCGGUUAUCUUUAUGGAGAGGUGGCUUGUUGACAAGGCGAAGAAGGGGGAGGCUGAGAGGCUCCUAGGAGAAAUGAAAGGGGUGCGAGAUGAGAUUGUGAGGCCGCAUGCGCACAGUGGUGGGUGGCGAAUCAAGAGGGAUGAUUUGGUGGAAGAGUUAAGGGAGAACAAGGAAGAGUAUGUAUUUGAGGGAUGUGAAAGUGUCGAAGGUUUUGAGAAAAGACAGAAAAUGAGGAAUUCUGAAAAAUAUGCCGAGACUACAAUGACAGCCAUGCUGAGUUACAAUGUAAAGUUUUACAAGCGAUUUUUGUAGCCUCAAGUACAUAAAUGUUCAAUGUCGUGGACGAAACGAAUCCGUCAUGCAAAGCCGGAGUAUAUUCCUUCUAUCCAUAUGGAUGCUCCCGUGCCCUACUCGUUGCAAAUAAUAUUAUAUAUACAUGAAGUAAAAGUGUUAACCAAAUCUGUAUACAGCUGAAUUGGCUGCUGGAGCCAAAAC